ACAAUGUCAAGCGUACAGGAGGAGAUGAGGGGUUUUAUCCCCAGGGAAAUCGACAAGGACUAUGUGAGAAUUGUUCAAAGGAAGUAUAUGGAAUGGUAUAAAACCCCUCUGUCUGCAUCAGAUAUGAUGACAGCUAUCAAAUACAUUUACAGGAUUUUGGAAGGGGAAGAAAGUCACAGGAAAGCAACGAAACUGUUUGGUGCAAUACAACAUAUUGAGAUAAUGAGAAAGAAAGGGCGGCUGAACCCAAAUGGUCUUCCUGUUGAUUAUUCGAUGGAGGAGCUUCAACAAAUCUUGUCUGAGAGGAAUGGACACCCACAAGAGAACUUGGACAGAAUAGUGAAGGAGUGCGAGGACAAAAGAGGAUAUCGACCCUCGCCAGAAGAAUUCGAAGAUUUGUUCAACACUCUGAAAGGUAAUAUAGUCAAAUUGGAACAAGAAGUAGCAAUUAAAGAUAUGCAAAUUGAGGAAGGAAACGAAGAAUUGCAACGAAAAAAUAUCCAGCUGCAUGAGAAAGAUCAAAUUAUUAAAGAUAAGGAUAGAAUGCUGGAGGAAAAGGAUAGAAUGCUGAAAGAUAAGGAUAGAAUGCUGAAAGAUAAGGAUAGAAAGCUGAAAGAUAAGGAUAGAAUGCUGGAAGAAAAGGAGAGAGAGAAAAUAAGGUUAUUGGAGGGAAAAGAGAAAGAAAUACAAAUGCAGAGCAGAAUGAUAAAGAGAAUACAAGAGUGCUUUGGGCAAAUGCAGUUAUUGCUAAGCAGAGGUUUGAUGCUGAGCGAGAAAGAAGCUAAUUAAAAAGUUCAAAGUUUUUUCAUCACAUUUCAGGAGAUUGUAAGAAGUACUGUAAAAACAUGACAGAGGAGAGAAAAUAAUCUAACGUAGAGAAAAGUUUUGAGAUAUAUCUAAGAUUGCAUUUUAUAUGAGUGCUAUUUUCAUUUAAUUUUGGUUUUGUACAACAAGCUGAACUCAUUGAUAAGCAGUAUUUCUAUUGUAUUUAGUAGAAAUUUA